UCGCGACGAGCUUGGUGGUGUUAUUAUUAUCUCUGGUUUCUGUGUCAUGACUUUAGCUCCGAGCUUUGGUUUUAAACUCCAGAAUGCGGCGUUAUCUCCGUGCACUGACGCUGUGUACGGUGUUUGCCGUGUUUUCGGGUCUGUAUGUUUACAGUAAACUGUUUAACUCGGACCUGUCGCUCGGUGGGACCGGACUGAAGAGGAUCUUCAUCCCCCCCAGAGUCCCCGGAGCCCGGCGAGGGGCCGCGGCCAGGACCGGGCCCCAGAGCCCGCACUGGUACCACAGGUACAUCAUGCGUCAGCGGGGCCAGGUGGAGGCAGGAGGCAGACCUGAACCCCCCAUGCACCUGGCUGUGGUGGCCUGUGGGGAGAGGCUGGAAGAGACUCUCACCAUGAUCAAGUCUGCCGUGCUCUUCAGCAUCAAGCACCUCAACCUGCACAUCUUCGCUGAGGAUCAGUUACAGGCCAGCUUCAUGGAAGCUUUGGAGUCGUGGCCUGGUUUUAUUCGCUCCAAGUUCAACUACACAGUGUACUCCAUCAGCUUCCCCAGUGAGAACGCAGCUGAGUGGAAGAAACUCUUCAAGCCCUGCGCGUCUCAGAGGCUCUUCUUACCCCUGAUCCUUAAAGACGUGGACUCCAUCGUGUACGUGGACUCAGACAUCCUGUUCCUGCAGCCUGUAGACCACAUGUGGGCCUUCCUGUCCCAGUUUAACUCCUCCCAGCUGACGGCGAUGGCCCCGGAGCACGAGGAGCCACGGAUCGCCUGGUACAACCGAUUCGCCCGCCACCCCUUCUACGGCAGGACGGGCAUCAACUCCGGGGUCAUGCUGAUGAACAUGACCAGGAUGAGGAACAUGUUCUUUAAGAAUGACAUGACGUCUGUGGGGCUGCGCUGGGAGGAGCUGCUAAUGCCUUUACUGCAGAAAUAUAAACUCAACAUCACCUGGGGAGACCAGGACCUCCUCAACAUCAUCUUCCACCACAACCCUGAGAGUUUGCUGGAGUUUCCAUGCCAGUGGAAUUACCGUCCAGAUCAUUGCAUCUAUGGCAGUAACUGUGCGUCGGCUGAAGAGGAUGGCAUCUACAUACUACAUGGAAACAGAGGAGUCUACCACGACCACAAACAGCCGGCCUUCAGGGCCGUUUACCAGGCCAUACGAAAGUACACUUUUGGCGCCGACCCAGUGACUUCUUUAUUGGAUCCACUUGAAGAGGAGCUGUUGAAGACGACACACACUUAUUGUGGCAAAUCCCACCCACUCCUCACCAAGAGACUGGCACACAGCCUGGCCUACAUCAACAGGAAGGGCCCACCAGGACGGUGACAGAACUAAAUAAUGAUGGGACGGAGGCCAAGACGAGAGACUGUGCCUUAGCCUCACAAGCUCUGUCAGAAAGACUUGAUUGUGACGGGCCAUACAGACAAGAGAAAUAGAAUCUUGAUUUGAACAGAAGGGAAAAUACAACCACUACAGCUCUGUUAACAGGUUUUUACCUGGCACUGCUGUUCAACAAUGAAUCUAAGUUGUCCAAAGAUACAUAGACUACUUUGUUGACAACUAAUGAGCGGAGCUUUUAGAUCAUUUUGACUAACAGCUGCUCCAUAAAACAGUUGUCUCAAACUGAGACUCAAACAGCUGCCCCUCUCAUACGUUGCUCUGGAUAAGAGCGUGAUGUAAAUGCCAGAAAUCUGCUGUAAAUGUUGCAAACGCUGGCCGGCUGUCGUACUGAACUUUAUGUACUAUGGAUGGACACAUGGAUUUUUUCCCCAGGUGUUUCUAUCAAACUUUCAUUUUAUAUUUUACUGACAGUUUUUAUUUUAAAAAACCAACAAGCAUCUAAUCUUCCAUGUAAUUAUUUUCCUUUUAGUGCCUCAGAUACUGACUAAAGGGGAAUGAGCAACAUGGUGCUAAAGAUGUGAAGAGCAGCUCUUGACUUUCCAUAUUGGAGAAUUUAUUGAAUGUUGUGAAACACUCUUAUUAAAAGAGACAAAAGAAUCGUAUCAGAACUGGACGAAGGCUUUCAGUAGGGCCCAUUUAGAGAGAUGUUUGCACUGGACCACUUUCAACCUUCAGAAACGACUUCAGUACCAGCAAAAUGGAAGAGAAGUUUGUUUCAGAGAAAAUGCAUGGAAUAAUAAUAAUUUGUUUGUAAAGUGAUUAUGUAAACAAUUGCUGGAGUAGUAUAGUUCUUCAUAUGUGAUUUUCUAUGGCGGCAGGAGUCGAGCAUAUGGACUCUCUAUCAGAGUACUGUUGACCUGAGGACAGGUCUGUCCAACAGAAUGAGGUGAUUCACAUAGUCACAGGUCAGUUUUAUGCAUAUGUGUAAUGUCAGUGUACAGGUUGGUCUGAAGCCCUGAGAGGACAAUGAGGAAAAGUCUGGCGAGUCUGAUCUAAAUUGUCUUUUUCUUCCUGUGUUCAGGACUUAAAAACAGAUGAAAUAAGGUCAAUCCUUCUCAGUAAAACAGAUGGAAGGAAUGAUUUUAGUUCGACGUAGAGGCACUCAGGGCCUCUCGUGAAAGAAAUUCGUAUUACAAUAACAAAGACACAAAUUUACACCAACCAAAACAUUUUUUGUAACUUGUUUUCACUGUUUGAAAAUCCUGUCGAAGCUUUUCCCCACCUGUCUUUAGAAAGAUUAUCCAUGCAGUACAAUUUUUUUUUAAAUUGUUCUUAAGUCAUAAACACAGAAGAAAAAAACUAUUCAGAUCAGAUCAUGUGAUGUGAUGUCAGGUCAAAGUUUUUUUUUUAAAAGUUUCUUAUGUAACAUUUUGAACGGGUAGGUUUCUGUUUCAUUGCUUAAUAAUUCAAUACUAUGUCUUCAUUUUUUAAAUUAUUAUUCAUUAUGUCAAUGUAAACACACUGAGAUGCUAAAACUCCUGUUAGUUUGGUUUAUGAUGCAGG